AUGGGAGAACCCGAAGCCGUCAGGCAUGGUGAACACAACACAACUGCCGCGGAAGUCAACCCCGAGCAGGACGAGCCCCCGUCUAUACCGCGGCCCCCGCCCAUUCCUAACCCUGUCCCUCAGCGGCCUGCCCACACGGUUCCUGUCACGGACUUAGGUCUCCUUUGGCAGACCAACCUUGAAAAUGGCCUCUCAAAGGCCGAAGCCUCUGCCCGUCUUGAACGGGACGGGCCUAAUCGUAUCGAGGGUGCAAAGGGCCUGUCGAUUUGGGAGAUUGUCAUGAGACAGAUCUCCAACAGUUUGACUGUCGUCCUCUUGAUUGUCAUGAUCCUGUCCUUUGCCAUCCAAGAUUACAUUGAAGGAGGUGUCAUCACCGCCGUUAUCCUUCUCAACAUCGUCGUGGGCUUUAUCCAGGACUACAAUGCCGAACAGACCAUUCAGUCUCUGUACGCGCUGUCCGCCCCGACGUGCAAGGUCAUCCGCGACGGUAUCGCGGAGACCGUUCAGGCCCAGACCCUCGUCAAGGGCGAUCUUGUCAUGAUCGCUGUUGGUGAUGUUGUCCCCGCCGACCUCCGCCUUCUCGAGGGAAUUAACCUCUCCAUCGACGAGGCCCUCCUUACCGGCGAGUCGCUGCCCAUCAGCAAGCACCCCGACGCCAUAUUCGAGGACGCCGACAUCCCCCUCGGCGACCGCAUCAACAUGGUAUACUCCGCCACCACCGUCACUCGAGGACGCGCUCGUGGUAUUGUCACCACCACCGGCAUGGAGACCGAGGUGGGCAAGAUCGCAAUGAUGCUUCGCACCACCCGCAAGCGAGACGAAAACGCCUCUCUGCCCGUCCGCGCUCUCAUGCGCGUCAAGGCUGCCGCCAAGAGCAUCCUGGGUCUCGAGGGCACUCCUCUGCAGGUCAAGCUUAGCAAGUUCGCCCUCUUGCUGUUCGGUCUGGCUAUCCUCCUUGCCAUCAUCGUCUUCUCCGUCAGCAAAUUCGAUAUUGAUGACCAGGUUCUUAUCUACGGCAUCUGCGUCGGUGUUGCCGUCAUUCCUGAGUCCCUCAUUGCGGUCCUAACCAUUACCAUGGCCGUGGGCACCAAGGCAAUGGCGUCCGGUAACGUCAUUGUUCGCAAACUGUCUUCCCUCGAAGCCGUUGGUGGUGUCACCAACAUCUGCUCCGACAAGACCGGUACCCUUACUCAGGGACGAAUGAUCACCCGAAAGAUCUGGCUGGCCGAAGACACGACCGCCAUCAUUGAGGGUACCACCGACCCUUAUGACCCUACCAGCGGCAAAGUGCGUUGGCCGGGUUCGGCCGCGUCGAGCUCGGCCUCUAGUGGAGCGUCGACUCCGACGGUCGAGAAGACCGACGACACUAUUCAGUCCUCGUCUUUUGGUGCCUUCCUCAAGGCCAUCGCGCUUUGCAACAACUCUUCUGUUACCGAUGGCAAGACGUCCACCGACACUGAGUCCAUGACUACCGCUACCGAGGUGCCCGUUACGUGGUCCGCCAUCGGCGAGCCCACCGAGAUCGCCCUCCAGGUGUUCGCUAUGCGUUACGGAAAGGGAAAGACCGACCUCGUCUCGUCUGAAAAGACCAAGAUGUUGUACGAGUUCCCCUUUGAUUCGUCUUGCAAGCUCAUGAGUGUCGUCUACGAAUUUCCCGGGGCUCCUCGUCAGGUCUUCACCAAGGGCGCUGUCGAGGUUAUGGUUCACCGCUUGGCUGAAUCCGAAGACACAAAGGCAAGGAUCGUCGCCAAGGCCGACGAGCUCGCCUCCGAGGGCCUCAGAGUCCUCUGUGUCGCCCAAAGAUUCCUCGAGGACACAGAUAAUGCCAGCGAGAGAAACGAGGCCGAAUGCAAGCUCCGCUUCUUGGGUCUUGCAGGCUUGUACGAUCCCCCUCGUGUCGAGACGCUUGGUGCCGUUCAAAAGUGCAACACCGCUGGAAUCUCUGUUCACAUGGUCACUGGUGAUCACAUCAAGACUGCGACUGCCAUCGCUCACGAGGUUGGCAUUCUUCGUGGCGGCGAGCAGCCCACCGCUGUGAUGGCAGCCGGCGUUUUCGACGCUAUGUCAGACGACGAAGUCGACGCGCUCGAGGCUCUUCCCCUGGUCAUUGCGCGAUGCAGCCCCAUGACCAAAGUCAGGAUGCUCGAGGCUAUGCAUCGUCGCAAGGCCUAUUGUAUUAUGACUGGCGACGGUGUCAACGACUCGCCCGCCUUGAAGAAAGCUGAUGUCGGUAUUGCCAUGGGCAAGAGGGGCAGUGACGUUUCCAAGGAGGCAGCGGACAUGGUUCUCACUGAUGACAACUUUUCGUCCAUCGUUACCGCCAUCAAAGAGGGUCGUCGUUUGUUUGACAACAUCCAGAAGUUCCUGCUCCAUCUCCUGAUUUCCAACAUCUCCCAGGUCAUCCUUCUCCUUAUUGGUCUCUCCUUCAAGGACAGAAGUGGCACCUCCAUCUUCCCCCUGUCUCCUUUGGAGAUUCUCUGGGUCAACCUCAUCACCUCGUCGUUCCUGGCUAUCGGUCUGGGUCUCGAGGAGGCGCAACCUGACAUCCUCUUGCGUGCACCCCACAGUCUGCGGAUCGGUGUCUUCACCUUUGACCUGAUCCGGGACAAGAUGAUAUACGGUUUUUUCAUGGGCUCGCUGUGUUUGGCCGCGUUUACGUCCGUCGCGUACGGUCCUGGCGCUGGCGACCUCGGCAGCUUCUGCAACGACGGAUGGAACGACACCUGUGGCGUCGUCUUCAGGGCUCGCUCCACCGUCUACGCCACCUUGAGCUUCUUGCUCUUGGUCACUGCCUGGGAGGUCAAGCACUUCCAGCGUAGUCUGUUCAAUAUGAACCCCGAGUUGUGGACCGGCCCCACCGCCGUGUUCAAGACCGUGUUCAAGAACCGCUUCCUCUUCUGGGCUGUCGCUGGUGGCUUCGUUAUGACCUUCCCCGUCAUCUACCUUCCUGUUGUCAACCGCGCCGUGUUCAAGCACGACAUGAUCACUUGGGAGUGGGGUAUUGUCAUCGCCUGCCUGGUUGUCUACAUUGCCCUCAUCGAGUCUUGGAAGGCCGUGAAGCGUCACCUGGGUCUCGGCGUGAAUGUACGCGGUCCGGAUCAACAGGUCUAG